GCGAACGACAAAAACAACGUUGAAUAUAUGCUGGGCGUCUCGGCAUGCAGCGAGGGCGAGCGCCGCGUGAGGACCAGGCGCUGCGACUAUUCAAACAAAAUGUGCAGCAGCUUAUGUCAGAGUUCAGGCGCCAGCUUGCCAGUCCACACACAGCCGAUUACACCCAAGUUGUGCAGCACCUUAAUAAGCUAAAUGGUGACCUGAACACAUGGCGGGGGCUCCCGGAGCAUCGCGAGGUCCGGUACCUCCCCGCCAUCGACCAUGUCCUCAGCAGCGACGUUUGGACUUUGCUGCUCAAAUGGAUGGUGUGGAGCUCGGAGCAGCUGUAUGCGUCGGGCGCAAUCGCAGAUGCAGUAACGGCGCUGUGGGGCGGCCCCGUCGUCGCGGGCAACCUGGCCGAGCCGAGAGGUCGCAGCAGCACCCAUCCAGUUUGCUCGGGCGCUAUCAACGAACCCAUAGUGGCGCACAGAUGCGUUGCGGUGCUGGUCUACUGCUGCUUGCAGCCAGCCUCGAAUCUCUUGGAUGGGGCGAAAACCAGCGACUCAGCACCAGCGGCAGCACUGCCACCCCGGAUCGAGUCGGAGUGCCGCUGCAUGCGGGCCCUGGUCAGGUCUCAAGCCCUGCUGCAAUGCCACGCUCGACUGGCGGCGCAGGCGGCGGACGCGGCCGCCGCCUGCUCCCGGGGGCAGGCCGGGUCGGGCGCCACCGGCGGCGACGGCGGCCACGAUAGCGCAGGCGACGGCGACGGCGGCGGCGCCGCCGGCAGCAGCAACAGCGGCAGGUCUGCUGGUGGCAACAGCCAUGGUGAUGACAGAGGCGGCGCCGCGGCCGGCGGAACUGAGGGCGCGGGCCGCAGUACCCGCAACAGCCGCAGUCAGUACAGUCACCUCCCCGCAGGCGCCAACAGGGCCACGACACUUGCCGCCGACACUGCGCGGAUCCUUGUCUUCGUGGGCUCUAGCCUUGACAGCAUGGCGGGGUUUGCCAGCGAGUUGCUGCGGCGGCAGUGGCUGCAGGCCUGCAGCCAGCGGGGGGCUGCCGGUUCUGCAGGCGCAGCGGAGGGCCCUGGUGCCGGCGCCGAGGGAGCGCGCUGUGGCAGUGGCGGCGGGGGCAGCAGCGCAAUCGGCAGCGGUACGGCAGGCGGCGGCGGCGGCGGCGGCGGCAGCGAGGUGUCGCUUGCGCGGCAGCUGCUGGCGGAGGUUGGGCGCAGCGGUUAUAUGGAUCAGCUCGCACGGUUCAUUGUGCACACAGCGGAGGUGGACGGCCGCUGGCGGCUAGCGCAGCAACAGCGGCAACAGCAGCAGCAGGUCGGCGGCGGCAGCGACAACGGCGGUGCAGCAGCGGCUGCCGCUGACGCAGCUGUUGCCUGCAGCGCAGACAUUGUCAUGAGCACAAUCUCCACGCUCUGCAAUUUCAUGGGAGAUGUGAUACUCCUUUGGACGCGUUGCAAGACGGCAGCUGGAGCUCUCGAUGGUGGAGGUAGAGGCAGCAAUGCUGCUGCGGGCCCACAGCCGCCACCGCGCCUGCCCCAAGUGCCCUGGGGCGCUUGUCUACAAACCUACGCAUUGAGCCAGGUGGUGGUGAGUUUGGCGGCGGCUGGCUUUGGCGGCGGCGAGCGGGGCGUGUGGGGGCUGCCGGCGGAGCUGGCGGCGGGGCUGCCGAUUCUGAGGAGAGAUGCAGCCUUGUCCGCAAACCAGCAGCACAGAACCGGCUUGAGAUCGCAGGUUCGCGAGUUAGGUUGUGACGAGGUGCGGCACCUCCAGCCCGGCCCCUUCAGGCUGCUGCACUACGCGGUCACGGUUGGGGACCUGCUGCCUGCAAGCACCGCCGUGCGCUGCGAAGACAGCAACAGUGGCGCCGGCUUCGCGUGGCCGCACCAUGAGCAGCAACAGGAAGAGGUGGAGCCGGGUGCGCCGCCGCCGCCUCGGCGCUGGUCCUUCCCGCUGUCGCCACGAGCCACGGCGGCGGUGCUGCUGAGGUCGGUGGACCUUGCGCUGGCCUCUCUGGACCUCGCCCUAGAGCCGAAGGGCGCAGGCGCGGCGGCAGGCGCGGCGGCAGGCGCGGCAGGCGUAGCGGCAGGCGCGGCAGGCGCGGCGGGCGCAGCCGCAGGCGCCGCACCUGCAGCUGCUGCAGGUGGCAGCAGCAGCGGCCGUGCCGUCGGUGCCGCAAGUGCUGCUCUGGCGGCUGGAGGCAGCGGCAUUCAAGGGGGUGCCGCCAGCAGUGGCCAUGGCGCCGGCGCAGGCAGCAGUAGCCGGCGGUCGAGCGGUGCGCCUGCAGCAGUUGCAGCAGUAGCACCUGCAGCAGCUGCAGCAGUAGCACCUGCAGCAGCUGCAGCCGCAGGCGCACGCCGGCAGCCGUCCGGCGGCGCCGUGCUGCGGUUCAACGGCUCGGGGGCAUGGGAGGUUGCGAGGCUGAUGCUGGGAGCCGCCCGGGGGGCGCUGCUGCCGCGCCGGCAUGCAGAGGUGCUGGUGGAUGCUGAGGCAGCAGGACGCUCCGGUGGCACUGGUGGCGGCGGCGGUGCUGAACGCGCCGGUGCCAGCGGUCGGGCUGCGCCUGCUCGCUUCCAUGUGGGUGCGGGCGGGGCGGGCACAAGCGUACCUGCGGCACACGGUGGCGGCGGCGGCUGCCGCGUGUGCGGCCCGCGGCUUGAGUUGGCAUAUUGGCGCGCGGCGGCUGCGGUGCUGCGGCGCACCAGCUUCGGCGUGCGCGCAGAGCCGACAUCAGCCGCCGGCAGUCGCGAGGAGCACAAGCGGGCGUUGAUGAUGGUGGAGGAAUGCUUUUACCUAGACGUCGCCACGCCAGAAGGCUCGCCUCUGCCGCGGCGCGCGCCGCGCGGCCUGGCAGCAGCAUUGGACGCUGGUGUCCUUGCGGCGUUCGAAUCGGCGCUCCGCACCGCACGCGACCCCUACUUUGGAUGCGACUUGAUCCAGGCGUUCUUCCACCUUCCACUCGAAGAGCAUCGCCUGGGCCUGCGCUGGCCGCUGUUCCAGCAGCUGCUGGCGUUCGCGCCGCCGGCCCAGACGGCGACGCUCAUCACCAGCAUCGGCAAGCGGCUGCACGCCGCGCUGGACGCGGGUGCGUCAGCGACGGCAGCAGCCGCAGCAAUGGCGCCGUCUGUGCAGGGUGGUGGCGAGGUAGAGCCGCCGCGGGGGAUGGCGAUAGACGUGCUGCUGGCGUUUGUGACGCUCACGCCCACGAAGAGCCUUGCGGGCGCUCUGGGCUGCGACGCCAGUGGCGAUGACGGCCGCGGUGGUGACGGGUGCAGCGGCAACGACGACGCUCCCGCACCUGCUCCGCCGCCAGCGCCACAUCCGCACGCGCGGCGGGUGCGGCUGCUGUUCUCGCACGUGCUGCACCGCUGGCUGCCGGCGCUGUCGCGCGCCCUGCGACGGCCGGAGACGCUGAACAAGGCGUUCGUGAUGGCAAUCAUUAUGCCCCACACCAUGUGCUGGCUCCAGCAGGCCCUCCUGUCGCUGCUGCGGCUUGAGGCCAAGGCCGCGCCAUGCGCCAGUGCCAGUGCCAGUGCCAGUGCCAGCGUUAGCACCCGCGCUGAUACCACCAGCGGCCAUGGUGCCAGCGGCGACAGCACCAGCGGCGACAUCAUUUCAGCGGCUGCUUCCGCCACCGCCGCCGCCACCGCGGCAGCUUCCGCCGCGGCCGCCACCGCUGCGGCUACAGUUACAGCUACCGCAAGGGCCGUUGCGGCUACUGCCGCCGCCGCCAGCUGGCGGCAACUGCUGUUGCACGACAUUGAGCUGGUGCCGCUGCUGGAAACAGGGCUGCGGCUGCUGGCCGUAACGCGCCUGGGAUACCCGUUGGCUGACGAUUCAGCCUUCCUCGUAUGCGGCGUGCUGAGCGCGCUGACCCUCGCCGCGCCGGACGCACUGGCGCCGGUGCUGCUGCGGGAUGCAGGGUCGCCGCCCGCACCGGGCCUGGCCCCCAACGACUCACCCUGGCACCCUGACUGGCUCCGGGCGGUGGUUCUCAGGCACCGGCCGGCCGAUGCCGCUUUGCACCGGCUGCUGCGCGACCUGGAGUCCUUGAGGCGCGACGCUGCAGUGGCGGCGGCGGGAGCAGCGGCAGCGGGGCUAGGUGGCGGCGGCGGUGGCGCGGCGCUGCACAGCACGUUCCUCGGUGGGCCGGUUGCCCGGGCCGAUGCGGUGUUCUAUGCGGAAAGGGCGUACCCCUGGGCGCCGCUGUCGCCUUACGAUGCGGCAAUGGAAGCCGCCGCUCUGGCGGCGGAGGAGGCGACGGCAACGGCACCGGUAGCGGCCUGUGGCAGCGUGGGUGGUGCGGGUGUGCAGGAGGCGCCGCCGCCCGCGCACGCACUGCGCUGCUGCGCCAACCCGCGCUGUGUGAACCUGGGAGGAGAGAGUGAGGCAGAUCUGCCGCUGCAGGCCUGUGGCGGCUGUGGGCUUUUGCGGUACUGCGGCCGCGCCUGCCAGGCAGCGCACUGGCGCGCGGGGCACAAGGAGGCGUGCUGCAUUCUCAAACGCUCCCAUCCUGUGCAACCAUGAAAGGUGGCUAGGACAGAUGUGGUCAAUGUAUGCGACAAUUAGGUUCACAGGGUUGUGGGGUAGACGGGAAGCUGACUGCGGUAUCAGUGCUGCAGUAUGUACACUAUCAAUUGUCCGUGCCGUGAAGGACGCUUCGAUCGCUUGACAACCUUGUACAUGCGCGUGUGAUGACUAUGGACCCGCCCAGUGUAUGUGAGGGCGUGAGGGAGCGACGGAGGGCGUGAGGGUUCACUAGCGGUUGACGUCUUGGCUGUUCGUGCUUGGGCGGCUCAGGUGGGGUUUGGGUUGGUUGCGCCGACUCUAUGUUGCAUGCGCUGGUCCAUUUCCACGAGACCCCCAACCUAACACGUGGUAGCCUGGUGACUGUAGGUGCGGUGGUGUGGGAGACACGCCCCAAGAUCCAGGCGGGAUGAGAGGCACGGCAAUGACGUCGUUAAACCACCAACACGCCA